GACCCCGCCCUCGAGUUCCCUCGGGCACAGUUGCGCGCGUGGUUCGACCUCUACGCGCACCGCCCUGACCUGAGGAAGAUGAUCGCCAAAGCCUGGGGCAAGAUAUAUGCCAGACUCAGGAUUGCCCCAAAGCAGCAUCGUUGGCGACAGAGGCGUGGAGUCAUUGGUUCCCUGAUCCUGACCUUGUGGGAGGCCAACUGGGACCCCAAGCUGGCCACACGCUGGAGAGACCCUCGUGGUGACGAUUGGGAAAUGGCGGAGGACGCAGCUGAAAAAGACCCCUCCACCAUCAUCGAUGCCAUCGUCGAGGACAUCGAGAAGGCCUUGUGGCAGAAGGCGGCAGCACACCACAACGGCAAGGGCAUGGAGGACGGAGUCGACACCACCGACGCGCGGCGGCACCUGGCCAGGCUGAGGAAGCAGGACAGGCUCCCCGAGGCCAACGCCCUGCUCACCGCCAUGACGGCGGGCACCUGGACGCCUGCACGCAGGUUCGACCUCUACGGCGACCUCGCUGGCACGGGCAACUGCAGCUGCGGUGUUAGAGCUGACGACCUCCACCGCAUAUGGGGACAGUGCUCGGACAGGGUGAUCCACCCUGCCUUUGAGAAGUCAGAGCACCUGGUCACCAUGGCGCUGGCGGGUGCGGAGCACACUCCGUGCUUCUGGCUGCGGGGCUUGCCACCAACCUCGUGGACGACGCCGCCGCCGUGCGAGACGCCCUACACGGAGGAGAG